CCACCUGAUGCUUCGGGAUAGGCGAUCUAGACCUUUUGAGGCGAUAAAAUCACCGAGAUCUGGACAUUGUUUCCCCAGGCCAUUCAUUCCUUAAGGGUGGAGAGCGAAGGAGACGGGGAGAGAGAGAGAGAGAGAGAGAGAGAGAGAGAGAGAGAGAGGGAAUGGCAAUGAAUGUGGACGAAGAAGUAGGACGGCUCAAGGAAGAGAUGCAACGAUUGGGUCAGCUGCAGCCGGACGGCUCCUACAAGGUCAAAUUCGGGGUCCUGUUCAACGAUGAUAGGUGUGCCAACAUAUUUGAAGCACUGGUUGGGACCCUUCGCGCAGCAAAGAAGAGAAAGGUCGUGAAAUAUGAAGGUGAGCUGCUGCUUCAGGGUGUUCAUGACAAUGUGGAGAUAACACUUUUGCCGCCAGCGGCCACUACUACUGCCUGAGAUUAUAAGCUGGCCAAUUUGGCUCUCAGUGUUGUAUUUUUCUCUUGACAUUUUAUCCUUUCCUCCUAUUUUUCGUGUGCUAAGAGUGAAAAUGGUGGCUUUCAUGUUUCCACGAUCAGGAGAAACAACAACCGAUGGCUUCGUGCCAAUCUUAUAUUAAAUAUAUUAUAAUAUUUCAAUUUCCUCA